GUAAAGAAAGGACAUAUCUUCAGCUGAAGUGUAAAAUUAACGUUUUGUUAAUGUGAAGUUUCUAAACUUUAUCAAACUUCACCUUUCCGAUGCAGUAUUCGUAAAUAUCUGACCGUAAAAUUGUACACAUGCUUCAUCUAAGUACGUCGUUUGAUCUGGAAAGAGAUGUGAUUUCAAGCAUUUUGGGAAAGGAAGAGGCGGCGUGGAAAAAUGAAGAAACUGCCUGUAUUGACCCGCGGAUUCUCAACGUUGAGAGAGAUGGAGGUGUCCUGUAUUCGUGGAGAGGGGCAACUGGGACCACCAGAAUUGGGAAAUAUGAUCCCCAAACGAAACAGAAUAAGCUCCUCUAUACUUUUGACAAUCAAGUGUGUGUAAGCAGCUGCUCUUUGAAUAAAGAGGAGUCUCUACUAGCUGUCAGUCUGACACAGGUGUCAAGGGGAAUAGAACAACUGAAACCAGUUUCCAAAUGUCUGACUCUUCUCAUUGAGAUUCAUCCAAUCAACAACACUAAGGUUCUGAAGGCUGUGGACUGUAUGGUCAAAGUGCAGUUUCUCUAUCCUCACACAUCCAGGAGCUCUGUGCUGGAGAGUCACUUGCUGCUGGUGGCAGAGGAUGGCUAUGUGGAUCAGUACCACAUAACACUGGUGAAGCAGGAGGGCUACAGAAUGGUGAUGCUUAACCCAGAGAAACUGGCCAAAGACAGAGUGGUAGAGGAUUGUACUUGGGUGCAAUGGGACGCACACUCUCAGAGACUCUUCUACAUCACCACCAGAGAGAAACACGUACUUAAAUGUGCACAGUUUUUCCCUGAUCGCAACUGUGAAACUGUGUUCGAGCUGCUCCUGGAGCUACCUGGUAAUCUUUUCACCUCUGUGAGGUUUGUAAACUUUGGAUAUGAUCAUUACCAAAAACUGAUGAAUGAUGGAACCAAACUGGUGGUCUUCACAGACAAAACAGAGAGGACCAUGUGUGUGUGCUACAGCCAUCCCAUGGGGAAGAAAAAAGAAGUCACGUACACUAUUGCGUUUGUGCACCGAGGAUGUAGUAAGACCUUCACAGUCGUUCUGGAGCAUGACAUCAUGUCGUCUAAACUCAAACUCCAACCACUCUUUAUUCACCUCGGUUAUUAUGUGGUGGUGUAUCUGAAGGGUCACUUCCUGCACUUGAUCAAUACGAGACAGCAGGACCUCCUCUGCUACAGUCUCUUCCUGUCAGGAGCAGAUGCUUUCCUGGAUCAUGUGGGGGAAGACAGCAUGGUUCUCACAUUGCCUGGCUGCAGGCUGAUGGAUGUGCGUGCAGGCAGGAUGUACACAGUUGAUCUUGAUCCUUCCUUCCUGCUGGAGCUUCUUGGCCCGUCCAGACCAGAGGCCCAGCGGCUCGCUGCUCUUCACUGCAUGCUGGUCUACCUCGGGCCGAACCCCGAACUGGAACUGAAGAUCAUUGACUGGAUCAGCGAUAAUGUGAUGAGCUUUGACGCCUUCGAUCAAAUUCAGGAAUUUAUUCUGGCGUCCCUGUAUCGCAUAAGCUACCAGCAGUCUCUCAGUUUGGAUAAAGUGCUGCCCUAUUCUUCAGUUUUUGAGAGAAAGGAGCUGCCCGUAGCCCUGACUGCAAUCCCUGGAGUCAAGUGCACCCCUGAACUACUGCCGCAACCUGUUUUCAAAGGGAAGGCCAGAAAUCUUCAGGGUUAUUGGGAGGAGUUGCAGUGGAUCACAGACAGGAUGAAAUAUUUUGAGGCAGUGCCAAACCCUCGCUACAGAACUUCUGGUAUCCAAAACGACUGGACCAAACUUCUAUCAACACUGAGGUCAGAAAAAAAGAAAUCUCCCAUCCCUCGACCGAUAGAAGAAAAUGCCAAAAAAGUUUUAUCCAUGGUAGAUACCUGGUGUUUGGAUAAGCGGGUUGUUCCACUGUUCCAGGAGGAGGACCAGCAGCAGAGGGUUCUGAUUGGCCUGAUGGUGGACAAGCUGAGGGAACACGUGAACCGCCAUCUUCCUCGCCUGGGGAAGAAGAAGAUUGACAUGCUGGUUGUGAAUUACGUGGCAAAGUUGCUGGAGCUAGUCAGACACAUGCUGGAGUCAGUGUGGUUGAAGUACAAGCUGGGACCUGAGGCGCUGUUCUUGAAACAGCCGAGUAGCUCCGCUGAGUGGGCUGUGUGUCACAUGAUGUGCCGCAUUCUGGAAGCCACCAAAGGCCUGUGCCUUCCCCUUCCACCUGGGUAUUCCACUCUUUUGACUGUGCUGGGAGUGCGUUGUCUUCCUCACCAUACUUUCCUGCAGUACGUGGACCAUGGCCUUUUACAGCUCACAGAGCCCUUUGUCACUCGUCUAAUGACAGAUUUGGAUAACAGUGAUGCCAAUGAAGAGCUGAAGUUCAGUAUUCUGAAGAGGCUUCCUGAGCACAUGGAGCAGAGAGUGUGUCAGCUCUGGGAUCAUCCCAUUAGUUCAGCCUGCAUCUCUAGGGACUAUGUCCAAACCCUGCUGGACAGACAGGCCAAAAACAAGGGUUCAGUGCUGGGGGACACAGACAAAACAUGCCUCUGGCCAGAGUUCCUUCCUCUCACUUACCUUACAAAAACUCUCUCCAGUGCAGAAGAACAAGCUCUGAAUCCAUUUGAGGAGCAGGAGAAUGUGGAUGCCAGGUUUGUGGAGGAAACAGCACUAAAGCAGACGUCAAUCAAGAUAGGGUUUGAAGUCAAAUAAGACUUAAUAAUGAGACAAAUAAAUCAGAGAGAAAGUAAGAAAGAGAAGGAAAAGCAUAAACAGAUAAACAGGCGUGGCUUCUCUUGAAGAUAUGAGGAAAAGUAUUUAACCAAAAAAGUAACUGUGGGAGAUGGUCCCUAGCAGAGGGUAGUUAGAGAUGAGAGGAAGCUUUCAGGAUCUUAGCUGUACGUAUAUGUAUGUGAGUCCUGUGGAAGGAGAGAGCAAGUGAGAGAAAUGACCAUGUUGCUCAAUGCCAAUGAGCCAUCAGUUCCUCUUGAGAAUACUCUAGUCCCUUUACUGUAACACAGGAUGCCUAGUUAGACUUCAUCACUGCACAUUGAGAUUUAGUUGUGUGUGCUUACAUGUAUGGAUAGAUUAUAGCAUCUCUGAUAUUUGUUAAUGCAAAAUCUUCCAAACCAUACCAGUGAGCCAGAGAAGGGAUUUUUGGAAAUGUGUCAUAUGUUUACAGUGCAUACUGUGCAUCAGUAUGUGUA